UGGAUGUAGAUUUACAUUGUUCCAGCGGGAACAGCGGAUUGUAGCCCCAUUCACUGGCUCAUCGCAGUCAUUCUUGACUACUCUUCAACAUGUUCAAUAAUGUCACCUACUAUUUAGUAGGUGACAUUGAUUCGAAGGUUAUAGAUUUGCUGAAUGAUGGAGGUGCUAAGAAAGACAGCUAUUUGAGUGAGAUGGUCAGUCAUGUUAUUGCAGACUACUGUACACAAAAUGAGUAUUCCGAGGCCAAAGAAUUAUUUGAACUUCCUGUGGUUACGAGUGACUGGGUCAGGAUGUCGGUUCUGUGUAACAAGCAGCUGGAGUUAGAGCUGUUUAGUCCAGAGGAUAAGAUCUUCAGUGGAGUGGUGGCCUGCUGUUCUCAGUUGACUAUUGAGGAUACAAAUGCAUUGUGGGCCAUGUUAACGGCUAAUGGAGGGAAGUGUCAGGGUACCCUGGAUAAACAUUGCACACAUUUAAUUACUGGAGAAAAGCAGGGGGCUAAGUAUGAAGAAGCACUGAAGCAUGAAGGAACCAUUAAGAUCGUUUGUGCGGACUGGGUUACAGACUCGUUAUCGAAGAAGGAGUGCCAAGAUGAAGAGCUUUAUCAUCCAAGUCUCCUGAAAUCACCAACAGAAAUCUCAACCCCUCCCUUCACUCCCCCACCCCCCACCAGUUCCACCCCUCCAGAACCAACUCCUAUGGACAUAGAACAACAGGAAGAACAAGCCAAACAGCAAGCUAAACUAAAACUGAAGGCCCAGGCAUUGCAACAACAUGGAAGAAUCCAUCAAAAGCAGGAAGUGGGCGUCGGCCGAUCGCCAGCCAAUCAGGUGAUUGCUCAGCAGCUUGCUGCAGCUGUUUUAGAGAAGAGACUAGCUGCUGAAGACGGAAGUCACAAGGCCCGAAUGUCUACAUCCCCGGUCACUGCUAAUGCUAAACAAGCACUGGCCCAAAUGGUCAGCAGUCGUAUACAGGGAACUAGACCUAGACAGAAGUCCCCAGGCAGGAUGACCCAGCCCCAUGCCGCCCGAUCCCCAGGGGCCAUGCCCCCCAUCCCCCAGGUCCCUUACAUGCAGAUGCCACCACUGGGACUGCCGUCUUUUCUACCACCUGAAAUGCAGCGCAUGGGUAUGCCCAGGCCACUCAGGAACAUUACCAAUAGAGCUGAACUACCCCCACACUUGCCAGGAAUGAUACCAAGUCCAAACAAGAUGAACCAGAGGAUGCCUUUCAAUCCCGCCUUGCCCCCUGGACCGAGGCCUCCCCCACCGCGUUAUGUUCCCACGACCAUGAAUCAGCAGAGUCAGCCCCGCCCCCCAAUGUCAAUGCCAGCUACUUACUGGGGUCAUGACCCUUCAGAUAACUUACCACCAGAAAUGUGUUUGUUGGGCUGUGUAUUCUACAUCACAGACUACUUAAAGAUUGUUGGACAACCACAAAUUGAUAACUGGAAGAAGGUGAUUGAACAGCAUGGAGGCCAGGUAGACCCCGCCUACUCUAAUCGUGUUACCCAUCUACUGUGUGCCACUCAGCAUACCGAUGUCUUUCAUAUCGCUCUUAAGGACCAGAGAAGGGUUGUGACAGCCUUCUGGUUAAACGAUGUCCUGGUCAAGAAGAAGAUGCUGCCCCCAUGGCAGGCCCUCCAUCUUCCUAUCAUCUAUGGGGAGGAUAAACCCUGUAGUAAUCAGAUUCUGUGUGUAACAAACUUUGAUGGGGAGGAGCGUCUUCGGGUCAAACAGAUGAUCAACGCCAUAGGAGCUAAAUACACUGGGUAUAUGACUCAUGGCAACUCAGCAGUCAUCUGUGGCAGGCCAGAUGGAAAGAAAUUUGACAAGGCCAAUGAAUGGAAAAUCCCGGUGGUGAAUGUACAGUGGUUGAGUGACUUAGUUUUAGGCCACCUAGAGGCUCUGAAAUUGCCGGUCAAUCCUAAAUAUCGGAUACUAGGACAAGAGAACCAGUUUAAUCUAGAUCUAUCCAAGGUCCAUCAUUUGAUGGUGGGUUGGCAGGUUCCUCUAAAGAUACAAAAAGAAACAUGGAAGAAAUUCAUGCCGAAUCAGAAAGCCAGGCAAGCUCUACAGAGUCAGGAGAAUGAGGUCAACAAGGACGUGGGUGAACCAGCUGUAAAGAAACAAAAAAUCAGUGUAGAUGAUCCCAGCGUUUUACAGAACACAACAAAGCCGGUGAUUAUUUUCACAGGAUUCCCUAAGGGACAAGUCAAGAAGCUGCAAAUGAUUGUCAGUCAGUUAGGAGGGAUUUCUACAGAGAACCCCAGACACUGUACACAUCUUGUGGCCCCCUCCUUGUCAAGAACCAUGAAAUUCUUCAUUGCCAUCAAUGUCUGUAAGCAUGUCGUCACCAGGGAUUGGAUAGAUGCAUGCAUGGCUCAGGGGACAUUUGUGGAUGAAACACCAUACAGAUUGAAAGAUUCUGCCACAGAGAAAUCGAUGGACUGUGUCUUAGAAGACUCACUGAAGCGUGCUCAAACAAAAAAGCUCUUUGAGGGAAUGUCAUUCUAUAUAUCUCCCAGUGUGUCCCCACCCUGUUCGGAUCUGGAGAAGGUGGUAGAGGCAGCAGGGGGGAAAGUUCUCAAACAGCGGCCACACAUUCAGACAUUCCUAGAACAAAAAGAUACAAAUGGGAAUAGGAAGAAUAUCAUGAUCACGUGUGAAAAUGAUGUCAUGUUGUACAAAGAUCUAGUGGACAAAGAUAUUGCCAUCUACAAUGCAGAGUUCAUCUUGACUGGGGUUAUGAGACAAACUGUGGAUUUUAAAUCAUUUGAGAUUGAUGUUCACUAAUUCUCUACCAACUGAGAUGAAAAGGAUGAACAUGUGUGACUGGUGAAAUGUGUUCUCUGGGUUGUAAUGGUUGUUUACAGUGAUAAGAGCCAGCUUCAGGAACGACAGAACUUGACCAAAGCCGGCAUGUAGUUGUGUUUUUCCUUGUCAAAAAACAGGAAUCAUCUAAAAGUGUCAUCAUCGAAUGAAGAA